UCCAUUUUAAUGAUGAUAAUCUUCACCUAAAACCCUACGACUUUGACAGACUUUUCCGGCGUCCAUUAAUGGCGGAUGAUGCAGCUCUGCGAAAAUCUCUGAUAUGUUUAGCUGCGAUAAUGGUGGUGAUUGGAGUCUACACAUAUUCAUUGAAGAAGAUAAUGGCGACAUAUCUGUUUGGAAUGUUUGCGAUCGGAGGUAUUGUUCUUCCUGAUUGGGAAUUCUUCGAUCGCCCUGUUUCUGAGUGGAUUUCUCCGAUGACUGUUCCUUAUCUGCCUCCUCUUCAUCCUCCUUACUCGCCUCCAUCUUCUUCCAGGUUUAGGUUGUAUCCUCUCAGAACAAUAUUGUACACGAUGGUAUAUGGAUAUGGUUUCUAUAAAUGGUGGAUGUACAUAUCAACCUAAAUUAAUUAUUACUAUGGAUUUUCAAUAUCUUAAAAGUACCCAAUGUGUAAAAUAUUCCUACUUUUAAUGGUAAUUGACACUCUUUUUAUUUAUCUUUAUAAUUAUUGUCAAUCUUUAUUAGGAAUA